AUGUCUGCCAUUGUAGUGACUUUAUGUAUGGUUUUCAACUUCAUGAUUGUAUGCGGCUUAGAACUGUAUACUACAGAAGACAACCAUUUACAAGGGGAGAAAACUUUGUGUGCCCAGCUCUACUGUAUAGAAGACGCUACGAGUGAAAGUGAAAUAUCAUCUCUUGUCAACAUGUCAGUCUAUAGGAUAGAUGGAGACGCGAGAACACCAUUGGCCAGUAUUUCAGCCUCAGAUUCAAGGGUUCGAGAUUACAACGUGGAUGGGGUAGAAGUUGAUGGUAAAAUAUCAACCAAGACAGUGGAGAUGACAGUGUUGAGACGCUCUGGACUUAGUGAACACAAUGCCCAAUAUAUUCGAUAUAGUUCAAGGACAAAGCCGCCUACUGAUUUCCAUCAAUACUGGAGCAACUAUAAAGAUGGAUUUGGCGAUGUUUCUGGAGACUUUUGGCUCGGAAAUGAUUUGAUAUCAAAACUUACAUUGAACGGCUACACUGACUUGAGGAUAGACAUAAAGUACACAAAAAAUCAAUAUUAUGCUCUGUACAGAAACUUUACUGUUGGCAAUGAAACCACCAAAUACCAGAUGAGCUACUCGUCCUUUGAGGGGAACGUCACGGACGGCCUGAGAGAUCACAAUGGAAUGAAUUUCUCAACUAAGGAUAAGGACAAUGACCAGUGGCAAGAAGGCAACUGUGUUAGCAGUCACACAGGCGGUUGGUGGUUUAACAACUGUCUGACAGCUAACCUGAACGGUGUCUGGGCCAGCAAGGAGUUUGGAAAGGGAGUUCACUGGGAAAACGUUACCAGCCUGCACGAAUCAUUGGAGUACACUGAGAUGAAACUUCGCUUACCAUUGUAG